AGUAUUAAAUCAAGAAAUUUUAUAUUUUUUACUUUUAAAGCAAUGAAUUCAUCACCUGGUAAAUAAGAAAAAUUUACAAAACAGAAAUUUUUAGAGUUUCUCAAACAUGGUACUACCUACAGACCGUUUGAAAGAAAUAUCACUCAAUUUUAAACUGAUUUUAGUAAUUAAUCUAACUAGGGUUUUAAUUCGGAUCGAAAAGUAGAAUAAAAUCGAUCUUCAUCAUAUAAAAGCCAAAUAUUUUAGCCCUAUCAACAAGAAAGAAAUGGGUUAGGAAAGAUAAUUGUGUAGAAGUAGCAUUUAAAAAAUGAUCUUGAAAUGGACUUUGAAAAAAAACUGUCUCAAUAUGAGUUGUACAAAAAGAAAAUCUUGAAUAGAAAAUUAAUAGAUUCAUUAGAGAGAGUGAAGAAUUUUAAGAUUGAUACAGCAACUUAAGUCACUCCAAGAAACUAGCCUAUUUAAAAGAAUGGAAAGCUCCUCUUUGAUAAAGGACUAAAGGUUAAACAACAAUUAUUUAUCUAGAACAAAAAAAAUACUAUAUUGGCUAGUAUUAGUUAAUUUUCUAACCAAUAAUCUACCUAGAACUUAUCUAAAAUUCAUUUAAAUCACUCUCAAUCCAAUUAAAGAAUAUCAAAUGAAACUAAACAUACCGAUUUGCAAUAGCAAUAAGACCAAUAAAAAUACCCUGAAGUUUAAGACCAUGGAUCAGACAAAAGCAAUAAAAAUAAAAUGCUUAAUCUUUAAAAUAAAUAUCAUGUUUUAAAUUAUUUAAAAAACAGACCUGAAAACUAGGGAAUAAUUUAAUUAUUAAUGACAGAUUCAAAAUUAUCUAAAACAUAGGAUCAUUCAAUUGAAGAAAAUAUGAAUUCAAAUACGAGUAAUAAAAAUCAAAGAAUACCUACAAUAAAUUAUUAUUUAAGCAAACCAAAUAAAAAUGGAAACAAAGGUGAAUAAACUGCAAAUACAAGCAACAGAAGCUUUUUAACUUCUGUCAGAUAGGAUGAUAGUAAAACUACUCUAAAUCAAUCAAAGUUAACUAAUUCGGAAUACAUUACAAAUAAAAACUCAAAUAAGCCUACAUUAAAUUAAAUUCAAGCAACUUAAGAGUAAUUAAUAGAAGAAAACAUUAAUUCUGAUGACAUUUAGUUUUAAUGUAACUAACAAAUUAAAAGACCUUAUUUACCACAACUCACUGCAAGCACAGAGAGUUAUGAAAAUUUAUAGAAAGAAGAUUUUACUAAAAGCAAACAAAGUGGCAUGCAGGAAAGUGCUGCAGAACUAAAAACAAGUGAAAAUAUUAAGGAUAACAGAACUCUUUAUCAAACAAAUUUACCACUUAUAAAUUAAAGCAGUUACUUUGACUACCCAGAAAUUCUUUUUUAUAGUCAUGAUCUUGAUGAGAUGGUUCCUUUUGAAAGCUUUAAAAAGUAUAAAUUUAAUCACCCUAAAAAUGGAAUCUAAACCUACUAAUCAGAUACAGGAAAACUUAAAAUGUUUAAUUAAAAGAAAAAUUAAUCCACUAAAAUUAGUAACAAUUCUUCAAAUAUAGAAAGAUGUUUUUCAGACAGAUUUAGGCCUGAAUAAAUUGUUCCACCAGUUGGAACUUAUGAAAAAAACUAUAGUCUUAUCGAAAAGAAGAUACCAACGUUUACUAUAAAACAAGAGCAUAUUAAAUAAUUAGAAUCCUCACUUAAAAGCUAAAAUCAAGAAAAUAAAAUAAAAACGCAAGCACCUAGCAGCUUUAAAAAAAUUAAUAAGACUGAGGUAGAUGAUGAAAGCUUUGAAAAGAUGUAUUUUGAUCUAAUAAAAUCAAUAUAGAAUGAAGUUUAAGAAUAAAUUUAAAAGUGUGGUGACAAGUAUCUCCAUCCUGAUGGAGAUUUAUAAUUACAAAGGCACUUGAGCAUUGAAGAUAUUUAAAUGGUAGAUUAAAGAUUUAAAGUUUAAGCAAAACACCUCAAAGAUAAAUUAAAUAAAAUGAAAGCUUACUUAACAUUUUAUCAGUAUUAAGUCUGA